GUGUUUGAUUUUGAUUUAACUUUUAAUAUUUACAAACUUAUAAAAAUUUCCGCCAGAUUUCGUGGACGUUCUCCAUAAUUUUUUUCCAUAUUUAUUUACCUUAUUAUUGUAGUUUAAUAUAAGAGGAGUGAUUGAAUAAGUUUUUCAAAGGUGAUAUCAUUUAUGAAUCAUAAGUUGUUGGGGGAACAAACAAAUUAUUUUUUUUUAUAUUGAAUAAAAUGGAUCAAAACAUGGAUUUCGGAAUUAAUCUUGCGCAAGAAUCAAUGUCAAGUGCACAGAAGCAUGAAAAAUUUCAACCUGGCUAUGGUAGUGAUUUAAGAAAUGCUACACAAAAUUUUUUAGCAGCCGAAUUAGGCGGAGGAGGAUAUCAAAUACCAAAAAAUGAACCUGAAAGAUCAAUGCAUAAUUUAGACAAUGCAGAAGAAUUUCAAUUUGAUAUGAAAUCCGCACAAAAUAAUCCAUUUAGUGACCAACAUGCUGAUGACGAAUUCGAACAUGAUUCAUUGAAUUUUUCGCCAGCAACACCAAAAUUGACGACUAAUGAAAACGAAAAUGUAAAAUUCAUAUCUUCAACAGAUUUGUUAGACGAUUUUGAUAAAACUAAAAGUAAUAUAUUAAAACCGGAAGAGGCAGCACAAAAAAUUAAUCAGCUGGUAAAUGAUGGUAAAAAUGAAAUUAUUGCAAAUUUAGGAUCUCCUGUUAACUUAGAGUUUAAAGUUGAGCCUGAUAAUGUAAAAUUAAUAUCUUCUGAAACGUUAUUGGAUGAUUUUGAAACAAACCAAACAGGUAAACCUACAGUCACUGAAAGACAAGUUAAAUUUAACGAUUUUACCAGCAAAGAUUUUGAUAUGCCAAAAGAAUCACAAACAACCAAACUAGAGUUUAAUAUUGCACCAACAGAAAACACAAGUUCUUCUUGGUCAGAUGAUUUAAUAUUCAGUAAGCCUACCGUUCAAAUGCCAAUGCCAACAGCACCAGAACCAAAGCAAUUUUCAGAUUUCGAAGAUGAUUUCUUAAAAGAUAUAUCAGCUCCAAAAACUAAAUCGAAUGUUGAAUUUGAUAAUGAUAAAUUCGUUUCUGCUGAAAAUAUAGGAUUCGAUGCUUUCCUGAAAACAAAUAAGGAAGAUAUUAAAGUACCUAAGGCUAUUUCAGAUACCAUUGAAAAUAUUAAAGAAAGUGUUUCUGAUAUAACAAAACCAUCAUCAUCAACGUCAGCAAUAUCUUCAAAAGUUAAAACUGAACUUCCAAAAACCAAUAUUAUGCAAGGCGAGGUUAUAUUUCAUAAACCAAAUGCUCCAGGAAAAUCAAACUUUAAUAUACAUCCUCUAAUUGAAUCUAUAAUUUAUUGGCGAGAUGUUAAAGUUUCUGGAAUUGUUUUUGCUAUUGGACUGAUUAUAUUAUUAGCACUCACAUGUUUUUCAGUUAUUAGUGUUAUUGCAUAUACAUCAUUGAUUGCAUUAGCUGGAACUGUUGGUUUCCGUAUUUACAAUUUCGUAUUAGGAAUGUUAAAUGAUAAACAAGAAGGACAUCCUUUUGAAGAAUAUUUACAAAGUGAUAUUGAUAUAUCACAAGAGCGUGCUAAACAAGUUUGUGGUGUAACAGUUGCUAAUGUAAAUGCUUUUGUUACUGAAUUGAAAAAAUUAUUCUUAGUUGAGGAUUAUGUUGAAUCAGUCAAAUUUGGAAUUAUUUUAUGGUUUUUAACAUAUAUUGGUUCAUGGUUCAAUGGUAUGACAUUAAUUAUUUUGGGAUAUAUAUUGUUGUUCACAUUACCAAUUGCUUAUGAGCAAAAUAAACAAAUAAUUGACCAAAAUAUUGAACUUGUCAGAGUAAAAAUUUCAGAGAUUUCAGAUAAAAUUCAUGCUGCAAUACCAUUUGGAAAGAAUACCACUGGUGAAUCUCACAAAAACAAAUAAAACGAAAUUUGGAAAAAACCAAAAUUACUUGAUGAAAACAAUGAUUAUUUAAUUAAUUGUGUCUGUUUUUUUAUUUUGAUAUUUUUCAAUUUCUGAGAAGUAUUAGACGAUUUACUUAAAUUAUAAAUUAGCAAUAUUAUAAAAAAAUUUCCUGUUUUUAAUUAUUAUGAUUAAGUUAUUUCGAAUAUUUUUUUUUUUGUUAAUAAUUUGGUUUUCCUGGCUAUUUUCAUUUAAAAAAAAGCCAAGUUUAAAGCUAAAUUUAUUUACAUUCUAACAUUUUAUUCCUAUUUAUUUCUUAUGCAAUUAUUAUACAGUUUUUAAUGGAAUAAAGAAAAAAUUUUACAUGAAAAUGUGAAAGUUAAA